AUACUUAUAAAUAUACUCAAGCAAGCGAAAAAACCGACAAUAUUUCCCGCGCAUCUCUAUUCACGUAAAAUGUACAUAGAGAAAAAUGCGCGUUUCCGAAUGCGCGUGAAAUUGUCUACUGCGAGGAGAAGGGAGUGUUUGUCCCGCGCGCAGCGUCGAUCGUGCGCAUCGCUCAACUCGGCCAAGUGUUUCUUGUAGAGGGGAUUAAAAAAAAACUGCUAUGUUUCAUUGCAAAAAAGAGUGAAAAAAGACCCGCCGUUUGCGAUUGUGAGUUUCCUCGAGAUGUAUUCGUGUAAAGAGCGUAACGAGCAACCUCUACAAGAGGAUUCACGGAUCUAGUGAUUUAAAUAAUUAUAUUUCGGGAGUUUAGACGCACGAGGGACUCUCGGUGAAUAUUUACCGACGCUAUGUCCAGUUCAUUCAUCGUCGAAUCGCACCAAAGUGGUUCUAAAAAAGACGACACACUUAUCAUAGUUGUUAACGAUGAUGGAACCAUUUCAGUUGAUCAGGAAACUUUACAAAACUUGAUAAUGAAUCAGUCGGACGCAAAAGUUAGUGUUGUUAGAGUAGGACAGAGCGAAGGAGAUGCUGAAAAUGGAGAUUUAACGUUGACUGUUGACCCACCGAGUUUUGAAAGACCAGAGACAGGAAGCAACCCUGCUACAGUAGUAGGUUCGACCGACGUAACAGGAUUAGUCGAUCCAUUUAUGGAAAUGGACCCUGAACAAUUGGAGAAAUUGGAAACAGCUCUACAGAGCGAACAAGCUAAACAAAUUCUUGGGGAAAAUGUCACUGCUAUGCUAGAUAUGCUGACAGUGGAGGAACAACAAAAAUCUAUCAAGUAUUGUAUCGAACUGGAUCAUUGCUACACGACUCGGACUUCCCCCACAGAUCCUGAACCAUCCGAUCCAUUACCAAUAGCAAAUUCACCAGACAUUGUUGAUCAUUUGGAGCUUAAUAAGCAUUCUUCUGCACUGCAACUGGCUUCUGCCAUCCAACCUAGUACCGAUUCGAAUGUCGCUGACAAUUUGACAUCACCCGUAGGACGCUCAAGAAUAUUUCCCAGAAAUGCUACUACCCGAUUAGUCGCUGCUCGUGGCAGAAAAAUUACGACAGCAGUCACUCAACCAACGGCUUUAACAAAAACUUGUUCCACACAGAAUCUGAGAAAUUCGAGUGGUCUUGCACAGCAAUCCCCUAUCAGAGGUGCGAGCACGAACGUUCGCGUAGAGCCAGAACGAAAAGAAAAUGACUCAUCAGCCUCUUCGUCCGAGACUUCGUCAGAGUCUGAACCACCAUCGGACGAUGAUUCGGAUUUCGGGCCUCGUGGACCACGUCGAGGGGGAUUACGAGCACGAGGCGGAAGAAAAGGUUUGACGACGCGCGGGGGAAGUACAAGCGCCACUCGUCGCCGAAGCGCCAACAAGCAAAUGGAUAUGGAUCAAGUACGAAGAUUAGACAUGGAGAUGGCAGCUGCGGUGGUCGCGAUGAAAAGUCCAGAAAAAUCGGAAAGGCCCGAAAGAUUUAAUCCUGCGCGAGGAAAAAAACAACGAACGAGAAGUGUCAGUGGAAGAAAAAAAGAAGAUUCUUCACCGAGUCGAAGCAUGACGAUGGAGAUACAGACGACGUCACCUCCAACGGGAAUUACGGAAACACCUAGUGUUACAGAAAAACCUUUACAAACGACGAAUCAAGUGAAAGCUGAUCUAAUAAACGCGAAUAUGAUUAAGGGCGAUAUGAUAUUGACAAAGCCAGGACAAGGAAGAUACAAUCAAAAGGUUGUCCUGGUGCAAAAGAAACUUGUGAUCAGACCCAACGAGCUCAAAACCAUUGCCAAUAAACGACAAUCUUUGGUACUUGCCAGAAAUAGCAAAACGACUCCUUUGCAAAUUCAAACGAAACUCGCGACCACCGAAGAAGGAAAACUAGUCACAGUCGGUGCAACCGCCGCUCCGAAAACCCCUUCGAGCAGCCUAGACACCCAACAAAUGAAAGCUUGUACCAUUACUUCUAAUGAUUCGUCUUCGUCUUCUUCCGCUGCUGCCGCUGCCGCUACUGCUGCCUCUAUUCUUGGUCUUGAACAGCAACAACAACCUCCACGAAUAGAAACUCCACCUUCGCAAUUACCACAACAGUUGUUGCAGCACGAACAACACUCCGCAAACGAUUCGCCUCAAGAAAAUAUACCCACACCUUCUCCUCCCCUUAGACACAGAAGUAUUGAAAUCAAGAGAGAAAAAAGGAAAUCCGAAUCCGAGAAUAAAAUCGAAGACAGUUUGAAAAGUGCUGAGAUCAAAACUCCCGAUGCAUCAAGAAAACACGUGAAAAAGGACCCACGCAAAGCACCGGCUGUCCUGGCCGGUUUGGGUCCAGCACUUUUCUCAACUCCUGAUAUAAUUCGUCGAGUUGGUUCGGAUGCCAAAAGUGUCGAGCAUCCUGGAACCCCAACUUUACUUCAAGAAUCGAUGAGCAAUGCAACCGUCGGUAGUCCAGACGUUACAUCGCCAACCGGAUCGAUGAAAAACCAAGGUGAAAAUUCAUCGAAUAUCGAGUCGCGAUUAUCAACGGUGGAUGCACUGUCGGUCUUGAGUACCGCAAACGAUGAAGCGCUAUCCGCCCAAGGAAGACAUGACAAUAAAACUGAGGCGAAGGUUCCCACGGUCGAAGAACUGGAACCAUCGUUGGAUCCUGUCGCAAACGUAACUCCAACGGUCGAUAAUCCUGGGCUCAUACGACCCACGGAAUCACCAAUUGUUCCAAAUCCAACUAUGCCUGAGCAAAGUGGAAUCGAAGGCGAGGAACACCUUUUGGCCACCUUGGAAAUGGAAGCUGGGAAACACGACGAAGAAUUACUCGCCGAAGCGCUGCUUCUCCAGGAAGAAUUGGGAGAUGAUCUUGGUGAUCACCCCGUUCUGGCCGAGCCUUCGAAUUCAUUGCCCGAGCCCUUACUAGCAGCAAAGACGUCAAGGUUUGAAGAGCCCAUGGAAACUAACAUGAAGGAGGAACUUUCCAUGAAGGUCACGAAUCCCGUUAAAUCUGAUACGAUGAUGGCUCUGCUUGGACCAACGAAUUUGCAUGGUUCUGCUAAAACGUCAGUUGAAACGCCUAAAAAGAGAGACGAAAGAGAACCGAUCCAGAUUAUCCGAGGAGGACGAGUUAUAACUCUACCGCCAAUCGAAGCACCGGCUACGAGGAGCAAGCGACUUCAGGCGAAGCCAGAAUCACCGCAAAAAACAACUGUUGAGGUCUCAAGAGAAGAAGAGAAGAUUGUAAAACAAGCUAUGGUAGUGCAGCAUCACAGAUCCAAAGACUUCGAAGGAAGGGAUCGCUCGAGUGUUGAUGAAGAAAUAGAAAAUCAAGGGAUUGCAGAUGACGAUGAGGACGACGAUGACGAUGAGGAGGAGGAACAAAAUUCGGAUUCAGAGGACGAUCCAGAUCGAUUGUGGUGCAUUUGUAAACGACCUCAUAAUAACAGAUUUAUGAUUUGUUGCGACGUCUGUGAAGACUGGUUUCAUGGAAAAUGUGUCCACGUCAGCAAAGCUAUGGGACAACAAAUGGAAGAGCAGGGGAUAGAAUGGGUGUGUCCAAAUUGUUUGAAAAAAAAGGAUCAAGGCAAUCCGAGCUCCGAAGCAAAAAAACCUCAACCGAUCGUCGGAAAAACUUCAAUAAAAGAAGACUCGGAACGUUCUCCCCGAGCGACGACUCCUCGAACGAGUGGAGUAGUCACUUCGAACGAAAAAAUAGUAAAAACUCCGAGUCAACCUGUCGUCGUUGAAGCUCCGUCGAUUCCGACAACAUUGGCAGGUGUAACGCAGUGCGUCGUUUGCAAGAAAGAAGCCCGAAAUUCAAGCAUUUACUGCUCGGAUGCUUGCAUAUUGGCUCACGCUCAAGAAACACUUACGAGAGAUAGCAAACCAAGCGGAACAGCCGCUCCGCAAACCAAAAUCAAUCAUGCCGCGACCGAAACUCCAAAAGUUGCGGCCGAUCCCAGAGUCAUUGUUUUCGAAAGAAGGACCGGCAAAGUUCUCACUGGCGCCGAUGCCCCGACGAGAUCAAAUUUGAAAAAUUGGCUCAAGGACAAUCCAACAUUCGAAGUUGUUCGUCCGAACAAUUUGAACACUCUACAGAUCGGUGGCAAAACUGUGACAGCUAUUCAAACCCAGGGAGUUGGUAAAAUGGUAAAAACGAAUCAGGGAACAAGUUCAGGAGCUCAGAACAAAAUGGUGUACGCGAAAGUGGUGGGCUCGAAGCAAACAGUGCUUUCGCCGAGUAAUAAAAAGCUCGUAGUGCUUUCAGGGGCUCAACAACGUUUGUCGCCAAAAACGAUUCAGCAAAAAUCUCAAGGUUCGCCGUCGGCAGGAAAAAGUCCAGUGAUGCGACAAACAACGAUAAAAAUAAUAUCUCAACAAGCAAAAUCGGGAGCGACAAGUUCGCCGAAGCAAAUUGCAAUAAAAAAACAAGAGGGCACUAAAACAGCUGCGGGAUCUCAGCAACAACAGCAGCAACAGCAGCAGCAACAACAACAGCAGGUACAGCAAGGACAAGGACAACAGCAACAAAAGUCUGUUCAAAAGACUCCACCGGUAGCAAAAAAAGUGGAGCCCGAGCCAAUUAGGCUAAACGUUCGUAAAACACUUACGGAAUUAUUGACAACUAGAAUUCGCGAGAGUAAAGAUUUAAGUCUGAACGAUGAAGAAAUCAGCGAUUUAGCGUUGAACAUUGAGCUCGAACUUUACAAAUAUUUUCGAGACACGGGGGCUAAAUACAAAUCGAAAUAUCGGAGCCUCGUGUUUAACAUAAAAGACAGAAAGAAUUUAACGUUAUACAGAAAAAUAGCGGAUCGAUCGUUGACUCCGGAUGCAGUUGUGAGACUUAGUCCGGACGAGAUGGCGAGUCAAGAACUUGCCGAAUGGAGGGAAAAAGAAACGAAGCAUCAAUUAGAAAUGAUCAAGAAGAACGAGCUAGAUUUGAUGUCUCAAGCUAAAUCAAUCGUCGUUAAAACUCACAAAGGCGAAUUGAUAAUCGAGAACGAUACCUCUAUCGAUCACGUUGAUCCCAAGACACCUGUGCAGGAUAUCGUGACGGCUCUCAACAGCCAGGAAGCUGGCGAGGACGAGGAAGACGAGAGCAGCAAAGAUCCAAAGGACGACAAGAGUCACUCUUUAUCGAGCGAAGAUUCAAAAUGGUCGAAAAGUAGCGUUACGAGUGUAGCUGCGACGACUCCAAGCGAGGAACGCAAGAAAAAAGACCGUGAGAAGAUAAGAGACAAGGAAAGAGGGGACAGCAAGAGCUCCUCAAAAUCAACGGAAAAAGAAGUUGAAAAAGUAACGAGGAGUAAGAAACUCGAUGAGGACGAUCGUCGCAGAAGUCACAGUAGAGGACGAAGGCGGCGUAGCAGAGAUCGCGAGAGAAGCAGAGACAGAAAAUCAACGAGAAGCAAAGAUGGUAAACGUGGUGAUACGGAAAAAGAGAGUAAAGAUCGUGAACAACGUCAUAAAAGUGGUAAAGAACAAAGUGGCAGACAGAGAGAGAAAGAUCGAGAGAGACGAAGUCGUGGAAAGAAAGAUCGUAAGAGUCGCAGUAGUCGAGAGGAAGAUGGAAACAACGAUAAAGGUCGUGGAAGCAACAAGAGAGACGGCGGUGAAAGAGGUAAUAAAGAAGGUUCGCAAUCUGGAAUCGAUGAUGCCAAACCUAUCGAAGAUCGACUCUGGCGACACAUCGAGGAAGAUACUACGACAACGACGAGCAUGACCAUACCCGCGACAACUACAACAACGGCGAACGCGAGUUUAGACGGUGGUAACGAUUCGGACGUUUCCGAUCGAGAACCAAGUUCAACGGUCAAUAUCAAAACUCCGGACAUAAAUGAAGAGACCGAGAGGGAAAAAGAUGUAGCAGGGAUUAGCGUCGAUAUUUCGCAGCUCGAGAAAGGACAGAAUCUCUCGAAAAGUGGGGGCGGCCCUUCUCAGACCGUAUGGCGAGGUUUCGUAAACAUGGUCGACGUAGCUAAAUUCUUCAUAACCGCUCAAGAAAUGAGUGGUCACGCGAGAGAUCUUAUGGAAGAUCUUCCCGACACGGUGGACGUCGUUGGACGCAUAAGUCAUGACACCGUCUGGGAUUAUAUCUCCAAAAUGAAGAAAUCCGGUUCCAAAGAAAUUUUAGUUAUAAGAUUGACCGCUGCGAACGACGAGGAAAAAAUUCCUUACAUAACCCUCUACAGUUACUUGAACAGUCGUAGUCGUCUCGGCGUCGUCGGUAACGUCUCCAAAAAUAUUAAAGAUUUUUACAUCAUGCCUUUCUCUCGACAGAGCCAAAUACCUUCGGUUUUACUGCCCCUUGUUGGACCCGGAUUUGAGGACCAGAGACCUCAUCUUCUUCUAGGAAUUAUCGUACGCAACAAACGCAAACGGGUCGCCAAUGUAGCGAGUCCCGUUAUCGCGCCUCCAACGAAAAUACUUAAAAAAGAUGAGGAAGAUCCGUCGCUUGAUAAAAAUUCGAUUCGCCACCAUCAUCAUCAUCACCAUCUUCAUCAUUCGCAUCACCUUCAACAACAAUCUCCGCCUGAUUCUCCGAGACCCAUUCACAAGGGGCUCUUGCUCGAAUCGCUCCGAGAAAAACAGACGAACGUCACGCAAAUGACUCUUGACAGUCUCAACAAAGCUCACGUUGGAAUGUCAAGGAAUUCUAUCAUCGACAAUGCCACCAUUUCUAAACUCGUCCCUGAAUUAUCAUCUAAAAUCGAUCUCACCGAAUCCCCCGAAGGAGAAACACCACCACCGCUAUUACUUCCUACCACGGCCAACACCGAAGCUACUCCCGAUGGCGGUAUUCCUGACGAUCUUGAACCCGACGACGGUGAUGAACCUUACAGUCCUGGCGGAGCGUCCGACCUCGAUGAACCCCUCCAGAAUGCCGAGAACGUUCGCAUCGUCGAUCCUUCUAAUUUGCUCGAUAAUCCGAUAAUCUCGACCUCCGGUCUCUCAUCCCCGAACAAAAACUCGACGGAACUUCAGAGGAAAAUGGACGAAUUAAAUCGACAAAUCGAGGAACAGAAACAACAGAUUCAGAGUAUUAGCUCCUCCUUCCUUGGCGAUGCGGUCUCCUCGUUGCCGGGUCUGGGUCUGGAUCCUCCAGAAGUCGGAGGUGACUCGGACGAGGCUUACAGCCCAACGGAUGUUCGCUCUUUCACACCUCCGCCACCUCCGGGUAUAGCAAAAUUCGCACAGCCGAUAUUGGACAAGGUCUCGGACAUAACAAUCCCUCCGAAUCUUCAAGAAAUAUUGGCGAAUGUAAAGCGUCAGGAAAGUUCGAAAAUCGAUCCCUAUUUGCCAUCGAAGCCGAGCGCCACGUUCCUCACUUCGUCAAAUCCAUCGUUGUACCCGAUAAAAUCAUCGACGGAUAAAUAUACGCCAACGUUCAUAAACAAAAGCAUACAAGGAUCGACAGAAAGCACGGGAUCGAAAAGUAUCAAGGAGACUAAAAGUACAUUAAGAUCUUUGAGCGAUUUGGAUCUCAUUAAAAAAGCCGAAGAAGAGCUGGCCGCGGUCGCGGCAGCAACGGUUUAUCCGAAUAUUGAUACGCAAACGGUUCCUCCUGCACCGCCACCAGCGUUCACGUCUCCGCCACCCCCACCGCCGCCGCCUCCUCCGCCGCUUCCACCGACUUCGGCGAAUCCACUUUCGCCACAACUUCCUCACAGCUCGGAAAAAAUUCUUUACCCUCCGGGCCUCGUACUCGAAGACAACGACAAUAAAAAGAGCGGCGUAAACAUUUCGAUGGAACAGCCAAAACCACCGGGUCUCGAGGACGAAGAUUUACCUCCGAUGUUUCCGUCCACGGCACCAACGGGUCUCGAAUCCAACAAAAGCCCUCAAAAAUUCGUACCUAAAAGUGGUAUCGUGUUGAGCGUCAAACGGAAAGGUUCAGAGGACCCUGCAACCUCGCCAACUAAAACCCCAAGGACAAAAUCGCGAUGGGGUCAAGGACCUACCGAGUGAAUUCUUACUUUUAGUUUUCUCUCAUACCUGCACGGAGUAUCGUAUUUUUCUAUUACUGUUAAAAACAAACCACGACUCUCAAUCCUCGAAUUAUUUGUGGACUAUUUCAAGUGGAUACAUUUUCGAGGGCCCCGGUUUUCCUCUCCUUGCUAUAUCGAUAAGUUUAAUAUUUUGCGGUUCGUAAACUGUGACUCCCCUCGCGGUUCUCGCGAGCAAAAAAUGUAAAUACCAAAGUGAGCGAUACGAAUAUGGGCAUCCGAACAAGUACUUGCGAUUCUCGAGGCAUUUUUUCCCUCUCCCAAGGACUUUCUCGAGAGAACUUUUCGUUCAUGUACAUAGCGUUUGGAAAGGCGGGUCGAAAUCGAAAUGAACUUUUGUACAGUAUUGGAAAAAAAUGCAUUUUUUUUAAAUCCCGACGGAAAGUGUAAUGGAGGCCUGUGUCGUGUGGCCGCAUAUUAUUUGGCUAGAAUAGCAUUUUCAGUCAACAUCGAGUGAAAAAAACGUCAAGUCUUUUACGCACGAAAAAAACCAUCGUAAAUGUGGGUUCUUGCCUGAAAUUGUUUUCAUAGUAAUUUCCAUAUCUCCCAACUCGCGAAUCAACAACCAUCACUUCAAUUUUCCUUCAAAUUUGUCCAUCGUCACCCCUAAAUAUUUCCAUCAUUUUUUGCGAUUCGUUAAAUACCGGAAUUACGAAGGGAUGCAAUUUUUGGCUUGGGCUAUAGAAAAUUUGAGAUAUUCUCAACGCGAGAAAGCUUGAGAGCCUAAAAAAUAAUUUUGUUUCAACAUGCGACACGAGCGCAAGUACAGCUGGAAAAUUAUCGCAUAAUGGAUAGAUGAAAUGCCUGUAGACGAAAGAAAAAUCAUUUCUCAAAUGUUUUUUCGACGUAGAUUCAAUGAUGUAUUUUUUUGUUAAUAUUUAAGCUCGGCAUUCCGAUAUGUUUAAAUAUUGGAAAUUGUGUACGCAAACACACACAAACACGCGCGCGCGCGCACAUACACAACACACACACAUACACACACACAUGUACGUGUGGGAAAGUUUUUCAUACAUUUACGGGCCAGUGACAAAAGUUUUUCAUAAAUUGAGAUGUAUUCAAUAAUUGAUUUGUACCCUAGGUAUGCAGUUUUUUCCAGUUUCGACGGACACGCGUUUGGAUUUUCUGAUUUAUUUUUUAUUACUCAGAAAAUUUUUUUCACGAUUGAUCGUCUCAAAUUGCCCUCUAUAUAUAUAUAUAUGUAUAUCUAUAUCAACAUAGACAUAGUACAAUCAUUUAGAAUGAAGAAAACUCCACAAUAUUUUGUACCCAUUUCAAAUUUGAGUUGACCGGAUUGUACGUUCGAGCAACACUUAUCAAAGAACGUAGCCGUGCCGUACGACGAAAUGUUCGAUCCCAACAAAAUGAUGAAAUUGAAACAGAAUGAAAAAAAAUGCGUAAAAACAAAACUAUUCCAUGUGUACAAAUAACUUCCUUUUUCACAGACUCGCUUCCAAUCUCUACAUUUAUUUGCUCACUUCCAGUUAAAAAAAAAAACCAAUCACCGUUCGUUAUUUUCCAUAUAUAAACAUGACGUGUGAUGGAUGAGAAUAAAUAUACGCGAAUUGCAUAUUACAGCGCGUAUUUUCGUUGUGCGCGAUUGAUAAAAGUUGUCACCAAAAGCCUGUUUUGACUUAUCAAAUGUACUGUCAAUUACCCCGGCUUCACGUUACGAUUGGAAAAUCUUGCACAAUUUUUCUAGGCGCCAAUUAGUCUGAUUGAAAUAUUUUAAAAGAACUGAACGAUUUAAAGUACGUGCAAAAAAGAAACGACCUCUGCAGAGUAAUAGCAUUAUUUUAUGUUUGAGGAAAAAUCUCAUCUUAUAUAUCAUUCACAAAUUUAAUAAAUUAAAAACUUUUGAAUAUCAGAAAAAAAUGGUGAGUGCUAUAAAGUAUCCAACACGAGUUUUCCUUGUUUUGUAUAUGUACAUUAUAUAAAAUAUAUAUAUUCACAAAUCUCA